AUGGCAUCCACUGGAUUUGAUGGAUCAAUUCCAAAAGAAAUUGGAAACAUGACAUCCCUUCACUCUAUAUACCUUGAUAACAAUGCAUUAAGUGGUAUCAUUCCUGGAGAGUUGUUCACUGCCAACAUUGGGAGUAUUGAUAUCUCCAAUAACCAUUUUGAAGGCUUCAUACCUUCCACCAUUGAAGCAUCCCAUGACUUAACUUAUCUCCACUUGGCAAAUAACAGACUAUCGGGCUUUAUACCGUCCACCGUUGGAAAUCUCAUCUUCCUAACAACCCUAAUGCUUUACUCCAACAACUUCAUUGGAGAGAUUCCCUCAUCCAUUUGCAAAUUGAGAUCCCUCCAAUUCCUCCAUCUAUCAGACAACAGGCCUCAUUCCUCCAUCCUUUCCCAAGGGCUCGCUCUCGAGUCUCUGAACCUCAACAGCAAUAACCUAAAAAGAAUACUUCCACAAACCCUAGGAAAUUGUGGGAAGCUGCAAGUUCUUGAUAUCGGAAGCAAUGCAAUACAAGAUGGAUUUCCCUUUUGGAUGGAAGAUCUCGUUGAUCUCCAAGUCCUUGUUUUGAGAGAUAACAGAUUCAAUGGUAGUAUGCUUCUACCCAUUGCUUAUGGUGAGAUAAGUAAUGAUGCUCCAUUUGUGAAGUUGCAAGUGUUUGAUAUAUCUCAGAAUGAAUUCAGUGGGCCCCUCCCAACUAGAUAUUUAACCACCUUCCCAGCCAUGAUGAAUGCCAAGGAAGAUUUUUCAGAAAAGAGUAACUGGUUCCGCAAAUAUGAGGAAUCAAUGGAGUUUGUUUUGAAAGGCACAAAUCAACCAUUGGUCAGAAUCUUGAAAACAUUCAUCACCAUUGACAUGUCCAAGAACAAAUUCUCCGGGAAGAUUCCGGAUUCCAUAGGGAAUCUUAAUUCGCUCAAGUACUUGAAUUUUUCUUACAACAGUCUCACUGGGCAUAUACCAUCAUCCCUUGGAAGUGUGAAAGCACUGGAAUCAUUGGACUUGUCUUCAAACCGCCUGAAUGGUGAGAUUCCUCGGAAGCUGACGAUGUUGAAUUUUCUUUCAGCGUUAAAUCUUUCAGUGAAUGAUCUUGUCGGAGAGAUCCCUCAGUCUGGCGGACAGUUUUCGACAUUUGAUAACAGCUCCUUCAUUCGGAACUCAGGCUUAUGCGGAUUUCCUCUAACAAAAAAUUGCAAGCAAGAUCCCAUGGCUCCUCCACAAGAAAGUGAGGAUUCUAAUUUUGUGGAUGGAUUUAGUUGGCGACCGGUGGUUUUGGGAUACGGAUGUGGUUUCGUAAUAGGAGUUUUGAUGGGUUGUUUUAUAAUAAAAUAUGGAAGCCCUAAAUGGUUACUGCAACCAAUUUUCGGUGUUCAGUAA